ACAGACAAUGAAGAUGGUCACUGAAAACCAGGAGCGCUGCUGGCAUAACUGAGAACAUCAAGAACGAGCACAAGGACAAAGGCCGGCUGCCCAUGGACAAGGCUGGUUUCUCAGGGCGGAAGGCUUCGAGGCAGCGGGAGGACUUCCCUGUCGAUGGGGCUUUCUCCCAAACUAAGCUGCACGCCCAUCACUAUUUCUCCUCGGAAAACAACAUCCUGGGUGUCUCGGGUCAAGCGAUUCUGACAGCAGAGGACCCUCCAGAGAGGACCACACAUGGAGGGUCGUGCAGAAAGGCAGGCGCGGUCUGGACUCUGGGUAAAAUGACUGAACGCGCUGCCAAGGAAAACUCUGACGAGGAGCAAUGCUGCCCCCAUACUCUUCACGUCCCAGCGAAGAAGGGGGACCGCUCAAAGUCAGCCCUUUCUGAUAUUGUACAGCGUCAUCUUUCCAAAGAGGAGCUUUUAAAAAGCCAAGGCAGUCCUUGGGAAACUCCCCCAGAGGUCUCCAAAUCGGACAGUUUUGACGAAGCCAUUGUUAAAAGUAUCAUCUUGCAUUAUGUUAACAGUUUUUGGCCAAAAGAACCGACCCCAGAAUUCACUGACGAGCUCGACUCCCAGAAGGAGGAUGACACGGGCAGUGAGCCCAGCUGUUGCCCGACCCCGACAGCAGGAAAGGCCGCUGAGAGAGAAGAGCCAGUGAGUGCUGGAGACGGCAGCCUUGCACAAAAUUCCACUUUUCUAACUAAAUCCAAGGGUCCAAGCAAUAAACAGAAAGGCUGCCAAGAGCAGAAACUGCAGACGGAAAACACAAGAUCAGGCCCUGGGUUCAAAUAUGGCCAAGUCUGUUACCGGUUGUCUGAUCACUAUAGUGUUGCUCCCCAAGUGAAAAUCCCUAAAAAUAAUACGAUCGAUAAACCACUUACAACUGACAGACAAGCCAGCUUUUCUCCUGAACUGAGAGCUGGAUUAGCUCUUGGGCAAGAAAUUCCAGAAGGUACAGCUAGGCCAGACCGUGCUGAGAAGGAAGAGCAGGAAAGGAAGACUGGGGACCCCUCACAGCAGACAGAGGUAGGAGAAGCCGCUCCUCUGAGCCAGAGCAAGUCUCUGGAAGGAACAGAAUCUGAGACCCGCCUCUGGAAGCUGUCACCGGCCUCUCAGAAAGACCCUUCCUCGACCUCUUCCAUAUUCCUCAAGAUAUCCCAAGGGAGAGAGAUGUGCCAGAGGCUGAGAGAACAGACUGAUCAGCUGAAGACUAAAGUGCAAGAAUUUUCCAGAAGCUUAGCACAGGACUCUCCUGGCCACGAGAAAGAUGAGAGGCUGGAGCUGGAGAAGCUGCAGGCACACCUGGAACUGCUGAAGCAGGAGUUUGGGGCUGAGGAGCAGCUGGCUUUGGAGCAGCAAGUCCGCCAGCCUAAACCCCCAGCUGUCAGUGAUUCUGACCCCAAAAGAAAAGCGGAAGGUGAAGUCUCCAGGUUGGAGACUCUACUUGGAGACGUUGAAGGGAAGGCAGACGAAGGCAAACACACCUCAGCUGGCUCUCUUCCCGAGAGUUCGCCAACCCUCCGGGGUGACCUGCCCUCCGCCUCCUCUCCACCCUCAGAUGAGGUAAUGCAUAGCCUACCGCCCAAUUCCAUGCCAGGAAACACGGUUCCUGUGCACGUUACUUCCUGGGUCACAGCCGCAUCUGUGUGCUUUGUGGUGCAGGACCCCAGCCAUGCCUCCGCCUCCGCCUCCUCCGGAAGGCAGCAACGUGCAGAGACAACCGGCUGGAGCUGUGCCCUCUGCCACCGGGUCCUCGAAUGGAAGCAAAACCUGGAGAAGAAAGGCCACAGAGGGACCCGCUGUGGAGGGCUUCCCACUGCCCGCCAGGAAAAGGCACCACAUCCAGACACACUUCUCAGUAAGUGGAGGGGUCUGGGGCUGUGGGUGCUCAGUCUGCAAGGUCCCUCUCUGUGGGGUCGGCUCAUGGUGGGCGCCAGCUUGCCAUUGGCCACUCCAAACAGCAUUGACUGCAUGGACUCGGUCCCUGGGUGGCCUCAGGGGUGUGUCAUCCUGUCCAGCAUGACCCACGUGUGUACCUACUCUCACCUCCUUUGUGUAACUUGGGUUUCUUCAGGUCCCGAUACAGGACACAGCGGCUCUCCAGCUCCCGGCGCUGGGCUGCAGAGCAACCCAUGUGAGACCUGCGGCACUAGGACUCCCAGCUGCCCCAGAGGUGGCCGUAAGCAACCACUCACAGAAUUUCAUUAUAGAUACAACACCCCGGGACAGAAUUACUCAAAUCAUAGCGAAGGAAGAGCCUCUGUCCAGCUCCGUUUUUUAAAUGAAAAUGAAAAUUCUCCACCUUCUUAUUCAAAACCAAACUGGAUCUGUUCCAGGAGAGCAAAUUCAAAAUCCUCUCAAGAUGAGCAUGAGCCCACCCCAGGAAAAAAAAACCUUAAGGCUCCCAUGACCUCCACUUCAGACCUGGCUACCUCCUCACCCCACUUCCACUCUGGCAGGGUUUCUGGAAGCAAAUCCUUAAGCGAAGAAACAAAAUCUGAGGGUUUAACCGCGUCUCUGGACCAUGCCCUGAGAACAGCAACCAUUUUGAAAGAAACGACUGAUCAAAUGAUCAGAACUAUUGCAGAAGAUCUCACCAAACUACAGAGAUGGAGGAAUCGAGUGAAAUACUAGUUUGAUGCAAGGUGUCUGGGGAUUUGAGAAAAAAAUAAAUGCAAAGAAAACUUAAUCUUCCCCUCAAAGUAUUUUACUUAUUACACAAUUUAGAAGGAUAAAUUUCUACAGAAAACACCAAAACCGUAAGAAAUGGGGAACACAAAAGUACUUAAAUGAGAAAAAAGGGACGUCAAUCUCAUACUCAAAUCAACACGUAUUUAUGUUAAAAUAAAUCUGUGAUUCCUAACACAUAGUA